GGUAGAAACUCUGAUGGAAUCGUUCAGCCACGGUGGUAGAAACUCUCUGAUGGAAUCGUUCAGCCACGGUGGUAGAAACUCUCUGAUGGAAUCGUUCAGCCACGGUGGUAGAAACUCUCUGAUGGAAUCGUUCAGCCACGGUGGUAGAAACUCUCUGAUGGAAUCGUUCAGCCACGGUGGUAGAAACUCUCUGAUGGAAUCGUUCAGCCACGGUGGUAGAAACUCUCUGAUGGAAUCGUUCAGCCACGGUGCUGGAAACUCUGAUGGAAUCGUUCAGCCACGGUGGUAGAAACUCUCUGAUGGAAUCGUUCAGCCACGGUGGUAGAAACUCUCUGAUGGAAUCGUUCAGCCACGGUGGUAGAAACUCUCUGAUGGAAUCGUUCAGCCACGGUGGUAGAAACUCUCUGAUGGAAUCGUUCAGCCACGGUGGUAGAAACUCUCUGAUGGAAUCGUUCAGCCACGGUGGUAGAAACUCUCUGAUGGAAUCGUUCAGCCACGGUGGUAGAAACUCUCUGAUGGAAUCGUUCAGCCACGGUGGUAGAAACUCUCUGAUGGAAUCGUUCAGCCACGGUGGUAGAAACUCUCUGAUGGAAUCGUUCAGCCACGGUGGUAGAAACUCUCUGAUGGAAUCGUUCAGCCACGGUGGUAGAAACUCUCUGAUGGAAUCGUUCAGCCACGGUGGUAGAAACUCUCUGAUGGAAUCGUUCAGCCACGGUGGUAGAAACUCUCUGAUGGAAUCGUUCAGCCACGGUGGUAGAAACUCUCUGAUGGAAUCGUUCAGCCACGGUGGUAGAAACUCUCUGAUGGAAUCGUUCAGCCACGGUGGUAGAAACUCUCUGAUGGAAUCGUUCAGCCACGGUGGUAGAAACUCUCUGAUGGAAUCGUUCAGCCACGGUGCUGGAAACUCUCUGAUGUGAGGUGCGUCCUCACGUGUCAUUGAAUCCCGUUAUCGUGAAUAUAUACUCUGUUAUGCCUAUAGAGCGGGGGUGGAAUGACCUAGCACUGUGUGUGUGUGUAUCACUCCGUGGUUCACAAUGAAUUUGUCCAAUAGAAAUCGGAGGAUCGAAUCGGAGGAAUGAAAAUAGGGCAGGAUGUCCAUAUUAGUUUCACUCCGUUUUCUUCCGUAUUGGUGCCUGAUGAUCACGAACCAGGUGAUCCUCAUCAUUGACUUUCAAUUAGUCUCUUGAAUCACACCUGGAAACCAGCUGUGACCACUAUAGCCAAUCAGUGAUGUUAAUUGGUUAAUUGGUCAAUUAACAGAGGAACGAAAACUACAGCAGACACGGUGGGCCUCCAGGAUAAAAGCUUGACUCUCGUAUGUACAAACACACCAAGAUGGGCCAUACUGCUGUAGACAAACCGAUAUAAAUAGAUUCUACUCAUUCUAUUUCUGUACCCUUGCCACUGUCUCUUCAGGAGAGAAAGGGAGUUAUUUUCCUUAUUCAAUGCUGUACAGAAACAUAUUUUUUACAUAUUUUUACAUAUUCGUCAUCAGGGCAUGUGUUUAAAUAAUAUGGUUGUUAAUGUGUGUGUGUGUGUGUGUGUGUGUGUGUGUGUUCUUAUCAAUGGUCAAAAUAAUUUCUUGAAACAAUGUGUAGUGGAUUAUG